AUGGUCUGCCACACAUCCACACGGGUCUGUGGAAAAACACAGACACAGACCGACACAGACCGACGCAGACCGACGCAGACCGACACAGGCCCACACAGACCGACACAGGCCGACGCAGACCGACACAGACCGACGCAGACCGACACAGGCCGACGCAGACCGACACAGGCCGACGCAGACCGACACAGGCCGACGCAGACCGACACAGGCCGACGCAGACCGACACAGGCCCGACGCAGGCCGACACAGACCCGACGCAGGCCGACACAGACCCACACAGACCGACGCAGACCGACACAGGCCGACGCAGACCGACACAGACCGACACAGGCCGACGCAGAUUGA